GCGGCGAGUGGCGAUGGGCCGCGGCUGGGGCUUGCUCGUCGGACUCUUGGGCGUCGUGUGGCUGCUGCGGUCGGGCCAGGGCGAGGAGCAGCAGCAGGAGACAGCGGCACAGCGGUGUUUCUGUCAGGUUAGUGGUUACCUGGAUGACUGUACCUGUGAUGUCGAGACCAUCGAUAAGUUUAAUAACUACAGACUUUUCCCAAGACUACAAAAGCUCCUUGAAAGUGACUACUUUAGAUACUACAAGGUAAACUUGAGGAAGCCAUGUCCUUUCUGGAAUGACAUCAACCAAUGUGGAAGAAGAGACUGUGCUGUCAAACCCUGCCAUUCUGAUGAAGUCCCUGAUGGAAUUAAGUCUGCGAGCUACAAGUAUUCCAAGGAAGCCAACCUCCUUGAGGAGUGUGAGCAGGCUGAGCGGCUCGGAGCAGUGGACGAAUCUCUGAGUGAGGAGACCCAGAAGGCUGUUCUUCAGUGGACGAAACACGAUGAUUCUUCAGACAGCUUCUGUGAAGUUGAUGACAUACAGUCCCCCGAUGCUGAGUAUGUGGAUUUACUCCUUAACCCUGAGCGCUACACAGGCUACAAGGGGCCGGACGCUUGGAGGAUAUGGAGUGUCAUCUAUGAAGAAAACUGCUUUAAGCCACAGACAAUUCAAAGGCCUUUGGCUUCGGGGCAAGGAAAACAUAAAGAGAACACAUUUUACAGCUGGCUAGAAGGCCUCUGUGUAGAAAAGAGAGCAUUCUACAGGCUUAUAUCUGGCCUACACGCAAGCAUCAAUGUACAUUUGAGUGCAAGGUAUCUUUUACAAGAUAAUUGGCUGGAAAAGAAAUGGGGUCAUAAUGUCACAGAGUUUCAGCAGCGCUUUGAUGGGGUUUUGACAGAAGGAGAAGGCCCCAGGAGGCUGAAGAACCUGUACUUUCUUUACCUGAUAGAGUUAAGGGCUCUCUCUAAAGUGCUUCCGUUUUUUGAGCGCCCAGAUUUUCAGCUCUUCACUGGAAAUAAAGUUCAGGAUGUGGAAAACAAAGAGUUACUUCUGGAGAUUCUUCAUGAAGUCAAGUCAUUUCCUUUGCAUUUUGAUGAGAAUUCUUUUUUUGCGGGGGAUAAAAACGAAGCACAUAAGCUAAAGGAGGAUUUCCGCCUACACUUUAGAAACAUCUCGAGGAUCAUGGACUGCGUCGGCUGCUUCAAGUGCCGCCUGUGGGGCAAGCUUCAGACUCAGGGUCUGGGCACUGCUCUGAAGAUCUUGUUUUCUGAAAAACUGAUCGCAAAUAUGCCCGAAAGCGGACCCAGUUAUGAAUUCCAGCUAACCAGACAAGAAAUAGUGUCGUUGUUCAAUGCAUUCGGAAGGAUUUCCACAAGUGUGAGAGAAUUAGAGAACUUCAGACACUUGUUACAGAAUGUUCACUGAGGAGGGCGGCUGGAACCUGCUUGUUUCUGCACAGGGGAGUCCAGAGGGCAGAAUGUCUGAGCACGGUGAUUGCAGUGACCGUCCUGAGCCAAACGUUCAUAUCAAGCUGCCUUUGUCAAAGGAGAGAUACAUUGUUUUAAGUAAAUGACAUUUUUAAACAUUGUGUUCAUGUUUAAUAUUAUUGUGAAUAAAAGUAGUAUUUUGGUAAUGUACAAAUUUUAAUACUAAGCAAAAGUAAGGUCAUUAAAUUGCCCUAUGAUGGGGUUGGGGAUUUAGCUCAGUGGUAGAGCUCUUGCCUAGGAAGCGCAAGGCCCUGGGUUCGGUCCCCAGCUCCGAAAAAAAAAGAACCCCCCCCCCCAAAAAAAAAUUGCCCUAUGAUAAGGCUAGGUGAAUCCUGCCUCAGGCUCUCCAGCUAGAGUUGUGUUUGAGAAGCUGUAAUAGCCACGAGGCUAAGGCGCCCAGGACAUGCGUUACACAGUCCGCUAUUGAAAGGCUCGGCAGAAAACCACAGCCGUCCGCCUCAGACACCCCCCCCCCCCACUUGCCUGGUUUGCAAAGGAAAUAGAGACUGCCCAGUUAGAUUUAAACUUUACGUAAGCAACUAGUUUUCCUUUAAAUGUAUGUUGAAUUCUCUUAGAGCCUAUUUAUACUAAAAGUUAUUUGCUUGAAGUUCAAGUUUAACUGGGAGGCCUGUGUUUUCCUGACAACCUUAAAAUACACUGGUGUGGAACAUUCCUUUUAGAGUUAAAUAGCUCUCUUCAUUGUGCUGUUUUGGUAUGUAGGGAAGCAGAACAAAGGCACAGGAGAUUUCUAGACAUUGUAGAAAGAUGAAUGGAUUAUAUAUUUAUUCUCAUAAUAGUUCCCCUAAUAGUAAAAUUUUGGGGGAAAUUUUAUUUUUAUAUAAUUUCAUAUUUACAGAAAAGUUUCAAAAACAGUUUAAAAAAAAACAAAAA